AUGGAGGAUGUCGGGCGUAGGUAUGGUGUCGAAAUCGGCGGCUACGAGGUCGAUGGAGUACUAUAUGCGCGCACUCUAUUUAGUCUUCUAGGUCAGUCCGUUCCGGGCCUCCUCGACGUAGUCGGGGAGGAUGUCGUGCUCGACCGUAUAGAGGGUGUCGAUCCGAAACUACUCGAGGCAGAUGUGUACCGUCUACUAGAGGAGACGCUGGGCGAUGAAGACGUAGUCGACGUAUUCCUUAAGGAGACGGAGGGCGAGGUCGAGUCGCCGCUCGUGGUCGAAGAAGUUACGGACGGCACUACCGCGGCGGACGUACAGGUCUCGCAGGGCCGAGUUACUAAAGGUCACGAGGUCGGUGAUGUCCCGGUGGAAUUCGAGGCGGGUCUAGUCGAUCCGCGGCUCGACCCAGUAGAAUCCGUAGCGGGGAAGGGUAUAAUAGAAUCCGAGGCCGACCUAGCUGCGGCGGUAGUCCGUGUCCAGGUCGCCGACGUCGACGCGCGAUUCGCGCCGGGGGAGGUCCCGUCGCCCCUACUAGAGGGCGGGUUCCCGGGAGAGCUACUGCCCGCCGAGGGCGAAGCGAAGACAGCGUAG